AUGGGUGACCAAUCCGUUUUGGGGGAGGCGACAAGUUCGAAAAGUGAAGUUUUUUCAGCAGAGCUAGAGGUGAAUGACGAAAAUUUGCCUCCAAAUGACGACGUGGUGUUUGAAGAGAUUGAAAAAUCUGGAAAAAAUGAUGGAUAUGAGUUCUCGAUUGCUGAAUCCCAGUUUGAUUUUUGGAUAAAGGCGUUGAUGUUAAGGUAUUGGGUGGAUUUUGGCAACCAAUCAAAAUAUCGAGUAAACUGGGUUAGGAAAACACAUCUGCUUGAUGAAAAUGUAAUUGUUGAAAUUAUUAUUCAUGUAAAUAAAGUUCAAGAUGAUGCUUCUGAUGAUGACGCUAUCGAUAAUCCGCUGUUAUUCUCAAUUACAAUAUCGGUGAUUGAAAGAAAGGUUGAAAUUUCUCAAAAGUAUACUCUUGUUUGGAAAAAUACCGAGUUUCCUAAGCUAAAAAGUCUGGUAGAUAUACUUCAAGUUAAUAACGAACUAGAUGCUGAUAAGAUUAAAGUUGAUUAUGCUGAUAUUUUCCAAGAGUCAGAAGAUGCUGAAAGUCUAAAUUUAUCAUCGUUGGAUCUUUCGGAAAUUUUGUGGGAUGUUUCACUUUUGUCUACCAACGAGAAUACGAUGAAGAGCGACCACCCAAAAUACAAACCCAUAAAAGCCAAAUCCAAAGUUAAAGUUUGUACAAACAAGAAUACAUCGAAGACAAAGUUAUCGACAACACCAUCAGCAAAG